GCGCAUCCAUCGGGUAGCACAGUCGGCAUCGUAGAACAGUGUCAUGGCGUGGAAACAAUGACAGAAAGAGUGUUCCUCACCGAAGAAUCCGGUACUAAAUUUAAUAUGUGGGGCUGUUCCCGUUGUAACAGAGGCUUCCUAAUAUUGUUCCUGAUUCAUGUGAUCGCAUUUCAAAGUUUCAUAUAUUACCAGGAACGAUUCGAAUGGCAGGAACUUAGAAGUAAAUUGGAAUCUAUGAUUAUCGAACAACGAGAUGCAUACGGGUUAACGUAUAGCAUAGUUAAAAGAUUAGAGGGUCAUGGUAUACUCGGUGGCAAUACUAAACUGGACCAUACUAAAAAGCCUACAAUUUACGCCAUUACGCCUACCUUCGCGAGGCCCGUCCAAAAGGCCGAGUUAACUAGGUUAUACCAAACAUUUUUGCAUAUACCUAAUUUCCAUUGGAUCGUCGUUGAAGAUGCGGAAAUGAAGACGAAAUUGGUUACACGGUUCUUGGAGAACAGUAGUUUAAUUUAUACUCAUUUGGCCGCGUCAACGCCAUCUAGCUAUAAGUUAGGUAGGAAUGACCCUAACUGGAAGAAACCGCGCGGUGUUGAGCAACGAAACGCUGCACUACGCUGGCUUCGAGAGAAUCUAAAAGUAACUGACCAGGGGAUUGUAUUUUUCGCUGACGAUGACAAUACGUACUCGAUCAAGCUGUUCUACGAGAUGGAAAAGAUUCAAAAAGUCGGCGUAUGGCCAGUGGGUUUGGUUGGUGGUUUGAUGGUAGAGAAACCGAUUUGUGAUAACGUUACGAAUAAGGUAGUCGGUUUCAACGCGGCCUGGAAGCCGGAUCGUCCAUUUCCGUUGGACAUGGCUGGAUUCGCUAUUAAUCUACGUCUCCUAUUAGAACACAAGGAUGCAAUGUUUUCGUAUGAUGUUCCGGGAGGAUACCAAGAGAGUGAGAUUCUGAGACAAAUCGUCACUAGGGACGAAUUGGAACCACUGGCGGAUUGCUGCACGAAGGUCUACGUGUGGCACACACGCACAGAACCGCCACAACUGAACGUGGAACAACUACUAAUAAAGAAAGGUAAACGUUCCAACCUAGGCAUCGAAGUGUGAUAUACGUACAGUAUCGAUAUUAUAGUUUUAAUACGUUCUUUUUCUUGCGCCCGUUGCGAAAGCCUAUACAAGUGAUAGAGUAGCGUUUGCAAAUGAACGAAAUGGAACAGCGAAUUUUAUACGUGCUUCUUUGAUUACUUGCUCCCGGCCAUGUAAGUAGGUACUUCCCCCGUUUGCGGAGAAAUGCAGUGCCAUAACGUGUAGUCGCUUAUAACUGCAUACUCGAUGAUAAGAAAUAGAUAAUACUCUAGGCCAAUCACAACGGCUCGUCCACUGUCGUCCGAACAAGAAUGUUUCUUUUUUAAAUUUUUAUACGCUGUUAGCAUUAACAAUAAGACGUUUUUUUUGAUACGCUUGUCAGACAUGUGUAUUGUCUCUUCGCCAAGAAGAAAAAGAAGGGAGAUUAUCUCAUGGAAAACAAAAAUACAUAUUAUAUAUAUACACUCAUGAUGAGUAUAUAUAUGUAUAUUCUAUAUUAUAUGAGUAUAUAUAUAUAUAUAUAUACUCACACAUAUGAACUGACUAUAAGAGAGACGUGAAUUAUUGACCUUGAAAAUGUUCUUUAUCCUUUAUUUAGUCGAGAGUACGUUUCCUUGACGCGUACAGAAAAAGCAUACAUAAAAAAUAUGCCUUACACCUACGAACUUUAAUAAUACCUCGUAAUAAUAUUUAUUUUUUGUUAGCUUUUCAUUUUGUUUCUUUUAAACUGGAAGAGAUGCGCA